AUGCCCCGGUGGCACCGGGAGCGGGUUACCGGGCAGGGCACGGCUGGCGGGGGACGCUCCCGGGUUCAGCACCGGCGGCCGGACAGCGGCAGCGGGGCAGAGCACCCGGGGGCUCUGUCGCUGUCCCUCCUGGCUCCCUGCCACCUGCUGGGUAUUUCUGUGGCCAUCGGGAACAGCCGGGAGCCACGUCCUGCUGCAUCGGGCUGGGCAGCCGGGCCAUGCUGCCCGCCGCGCCCCGCUCCCCGGGGGCUUCUCCGGCCACGUCCCCCCCGCAAUUCUCCCGUGCUCUUCAGGAAGCUCCUGAUGAACCAGAGCAUCCGCCUGCAGCGGCGCUUCACCGUGGCGCAUCCCCUCUGCUUUGACCUGGAGAAUGGCCCCCCCGGGAGGGGCGCCCUGGACCCCCAGGCCAGCCCGGGCGCGGGGCUGGUCCUGCAGGGCUCCUUCUCGCACGGCCAGCGCCGCGAGUCCUUCCUCUACCGCUCCGACAGCGACUACGACCUGUCCCCCAAGGCCAUGUCCCGCAACUCGUCCAUCGCCAGCGACCUGCACGGAGAAGACAUGAUCGUCACCCCCUUUGCCCAGGUCCUGGCCAGCCUCCGCACCGUCCGCAGCAACCUGAGCCACCUGCAGGAGCGCGCUGGCAUCAAGCGGGGAUCGAGCAGCAGCCUGCCCUCGGGGAGCAAGGCCAGCCUCUCCGAAGAUGCCCACCAGAAGCUCUCGAGGGAGACGCUGGAGGAGCUGGAUUGGUGCUUGGACCAGCUGGAGACGCUGCAGACCAGGCACUCGGUCAGCGAGAUGGCCUCCAACAAGUUCAAGCGGAUGCUGAACCGGGAGCUGUCGCACCUGUCGGAGACCAGCCGCUCGGGGAACCAGGUGUCCGAGUACAUCUCCAGCACCUUCCUGGACAAGCAGCACGAGGUGGAGAUCCCCUCGGCGCUGGCGAAGGACAAGGAGAAGGAGCGGAGGAAGCGGCCCAUGUCCCAGAUCAGCGGCGUCAGGAAGCUCAAGCACAGCUCCAGCCUGGCGGCCGCCGGCAUCCCGCGCUUCGGGGUGCGCACGGAGCACGAGGCGCUGCUGGCCAAGGAGCUGGAGGACACCAACAAGUGGGGGCUGGACGUGUUCAAAGUGGCCGAGUACUCGGGGAACCGCCCGCUGACCGUCAUCAUGUACAGCAUCUUCCAGGAGCGGGACCUGAUGAAGACCUUCCGCAUCCCCGCCAACACCUUCAUCACCUACAUGCUGACGCUGGAGGAUCACUACCACGCCGACGUGGCCUACCACAACAGCCUGCACGCCGCCGACGUGGCGCAGUCCACGCACGUCCUGCUCUCCACACCUGCCCUGGAGGCUGUCUUCACGGACCUGGAGAUCCUGGCUGCCAUCUUUGCCAGCGCCAUCCAUGACGUUGACCACCCCGGGGUCUCCAACCAGUUCCUCAUCAACACCAACUCAGAGCUGGCCCUGAUGUACAACGACGCCUCGGUGCUGGAGAAUCACCACCUGGCCGUGGGCUUCAAGCUCCUGCAGGAGGAGAAUUGUGACAUCUUCCAGAACCUGAGCAGGAAGCAGAGGCAGACGCUCCGUAAAAUGGUCAUCGACAUGGUGCUGGCCACGGACAUGUCCAAGCACAUGAACCUGCUGGCGGAUCUGAAGACCAUGGUGGAGACCAAGAAGGUGACCAGCCUGGGCGUGCUGCUGCUGGACAACUACUCUGACCGGAUCCAGGUCCUGCAGAACAUGGUGCACUGCGCCGACCUCAGCAACCCCACGAAGCCUCUGGAGCUGUACCGGCAGUGGACCGACCGCAUCAUGGUGGAGUUCUUCAGGCAGGGGGACCGGGAGCGGGAGAAGGGCAUGGAGAUCAGCCCCAUGUGCGACAAGCACACGGCCUCCGUGGAGAAAUCACAGGUGGGAUUCAUCGACUUCAUCGCCCACCCGCUGUGGGAGACCUGGGCCGACCUGGUGCACCCCGACGCGCAGGAGCUGCUGGACACGCUGGAGGACAACCGCGAGUGGUACCAGAGCAUGAUCCCGCGCAGCCCCUCUCCUCCCCGCGAGGCGCCCGCCGCGUCCCCCGCCAACACUGACAAGUUCCAGUUCGAGCUGACGCUGGAGGAGGAGGAAGAGGAGGAGGAGGAGGAGGGCGAGUCGGACACGGAGCCGGAGGGCGCCGAGAGCCCCCUGGACGAGGACAACAGCGGCUCCAAGACGCCGGGCACGGAUGACUCGGAGGCUGCCGACACCAAGCGCCCGUGCCCCGGCCCCGGGGACGUGGACAACCGGCGGGCGCUGCCCGAGGACGGGGGCAGCGGGGGCUCCGUGCCAGGGCCCGAGGGCAGCCAGGGGCUGUGCCUGGACACGGAGGGCAACGUCACAUUCCUGUCCCUGGGCACGUAGCGGCACCGGCCCGGGGGACGUGGGACUGGGCACUGCCCUGAGCAGGGCUGGGGACACUGGGGAGCACUGGCACUGCAGGGACUCGGGGGCACCCGGGAUGUGUCCCCGUCUGGGAGCUGGGCAGGUCCUGACAGGUAUGAGGAGGCUGCUGGCCUUGUCCUGGCAAAGGUCCCCGUCCCUUCACACAGCGCUGGUGACACUGCUGGCCUUGUCCUGGAAAGGUCCCUGUCCCUUCA